AUGCUUGUGGUGAUUUAUCUCAUUCCAUGGUUUUCAGAUAAUGUUUUGUAUCCAAAAGGACCAGGAUUAGGUGCAGCUCAGAUUUUAAACAGUAUAAAAUCGACUUUACAUUUCGGUACUUUGUCAUCGAUCGAUUCAUGGGAAUCGAAUGCCUAUUUACUGUUUAUGCCAUUAGUUUCUGAUAGUCGUCCAGAAUUCCGUGGAAACAUACUUCGAGAUUGUAUGCUACAUUUACCCAUCCCUUUAAAAAUGUCGUCUACAGUGGCAGUUGGUCUUGAUGGUGUAGAAAGUCAACGGAAGACUGACGAGCUUUUGGGAAGACUGAAUAAUGAAACUGAGAGUUAUCAUACAAUAAAGCGUCCUUUCAAACCAUUAUUGUAUACGGACUCAAGUCUUUAUUGUACUUCAAUGCCGUUCACUGAUGCAAUGGAACUUGGUAGUCCAGGUGAUGGACUUAUUAUACGCCCAUCUAAACUCGGUUUAUUCAUUUUACAUCUGACAUAA